AGGACAUCGCACUUAGUAGGAAUUUCAUUAUUUGUUGGGUGGACAUACAAUAGGCACUUAAUGCCUAUUUGCAGCGUUGACACCUAGUAGGUACUUCCAAGGCUCUUUGUUGAGUAAAUAAAGGUGACCUGUGUUUUCUUCCAAGUCCAGGGUCCCGGGGAGAGCCCAGAGGUAACCUGGAGUUGAAGACAGCUGUUUCAGGUUGAGGCCACCUGGCCAAGAGUACUGUGACGUCACUAGGCUGCGUGACGUUUCCCGCUGGCCGGUUCUCACGGGUGGGGGCUGGGAGGGGCAAAGCGAGAGGUGGGGGGGCGGACAAAGGGGCCCUCCGUGCAGCUCCUGUCUGCCCCCGCGUGCGUCCCGGCCAGCCGGCAGGCCACAUCUGGAAUUCAUUGCAGCCGCCGCCGGAAAGGGGAGGAGAGGAGGGCGGGGCGAGCGGGGGGCAGAGGCGGUGGCGGCUCACCCCGCCCCCCCACUGUCCCUCGUCCCAGCCCCGGGACGUAGCCGAGCCCGGCGGGCAACCCCAGCCCCAGCCGCGGCCGCCCUGGGGACGCAGACGCCAAGGCCCCUCCGGCCAGGGCCGGGAGCCGGGCCGGCCUAGCCAGUUCUGACAGCCCCAUGGCCCCAGCAGGCCUCUGAGCCCCACCAUGGGCAGCUUGUACUCGGAGUACCUGAACCCCAACAAGGUCCAGGAACACUAUAAUUAUACCAAAGAGACGCUGGAAACGCAGGAGACGACCUCCCGCCAGGUGGCCUCGGCCUUCAUCGUCAUCCUCUGUUGCGCCAUCGUGGUGGAAAACCUUCUGGUACUCAUUGCAGUGGCUCGAAACAGCAAGUUCCACUCCGCAAUGUACCUGUUUCUGGGUAACCUGGCUGCCUCUGAUCUGCUGGCAGGCGUGGCCUUCGUAGCCAAUACCUUGCUCUCCGGCUCUGUCACGCUGAGGCUGACGCCCGUGCAGUGGUUUGCCCGGGAGGGCUCUGCCUUCAUCACGCUCUCUGCCUCUGUCUUCAGCCUCCUGGCCAUCGCCAUCGAGCGCCACGUGGCCAUUGCCAAGGUCAAGCUGUACGGCAGCGACAAGAGCUGCCGCAUGCUCCUGCUCAUCGGGGCCUCGUGGCUCAUCUCUCUGGUCCUCGGUGGCCUGCCCAUCCUUGGCUGGAACUGCCUGGGCCACCUUGAGGCCUGCUCCACUGUCCUGCCUCUCUACGCGAAGCAUUAUGUGCUGUGCGUGGUGACCAUCUUCUCCAUCAUCCUGUUGGCCAUCGUGGCGCUGUACGUGCGCAUCUACUGCGUGGUCCGCUCAAGCCACGCUGAUGUGGCUGGCCCGCAGACCCUAGCCCUGCUCAAGACGGUCACCAUCGUGCUAGGUGUCUUUAUCGUCUGCUGGCUGCCCGCCUUCAGCAUCCUCCUUCUGGACUAUGCCUGUCCCGUCCACUCCUGCCCGAUCCUCUACAAAGCCCACUACUUUUUCGCCUUCGCCACCCUGAAUUCGCUGCUCAACCCUGUCAUCUACACGUGGCGCAGCCGGGACCUGCGUCGGGAGGUGCUUCGGCCGCUGCAGUGCUGGCGGCCGGGGGUGGGGGUGCAAGGACGGAGGCGGGACGGGACCCCGGGCCACCACCUCCUGCCACUCCGCAGCUCCAGCUCCCUGGAGAGGGGCAUGCACAUGCCCACGUCGCCCACGUUUCUGGAGGGCAACACGGUGGUCUGAGGUGGGGGUGGACCAACAACCAGGCCAAGGCAGAGGGGUUCAUGGAGAGGCCACUGGGUGACCCCAGACAGAGACGUGGGGCUGCCGAGCCAGAUGCCCCCGCCCCACAGACCUGGGUGAUGUUACAAAUAUUUCACACCUGGAAAGGCCAGAUAAGGCA